AUGAACCCCGAAGUUGCACCACCCAUCGCCAUCGCCGACACUUUCACCCGCGCUCGCUCCUGCUUUUCCCGCCUAUACGACUAUCUCUUCAAGCUCCUCCUCAUCGGAGACUCCGGUGUUGGAAAGUCUUGUCUGCUCUUGCGAUUUGCCGAUGACACCUACACCGAGUCCUACAUUUCUACUAUUGGUGUCGAUUUCAAAAUCCGAACAAUAGAGCUCGAUGGCAAGACUGUCAAGCUUCAGAUCUGGGAUACCGCCGGCCAAGAGCGUUUCCGAACCAUCACCUCUUCUUAUUACCGUGGUGCCCACGGCAUCUGCGUCGUCUACGAUGUCACCGACAUGGACUCAUUCAACAACGUCAAGCAAUGGCUCCAGGAGAUUGACCGAUAUGCCACCGAGGGCGUCAACAAGUUGCUGGUCGGCAACAAGAGCGAUAUGUCCGACAAAAAGGUCGUCGAGUACAGCGUGGCCAAGGAAUUCGCCGACAGCCUGGGAAUCCCUUUCCUCGAGACUUCCGCCAAGAACGCCAGCAACGUCGAGCAGGCUUUCUUGACCAUGGCCCGCCAGAUUAAGGAACGUAUGGGCACCACCACAGCCAACAACACCAAGCCCAGCGUGCAAGUCGGCCAAGGCCAGGGCGUUGGAUCGUCAUCCAACAACAGCUGCUGCUAA